AUGGCUCCUUCCCUUAUGAAACCACCAAAUGCAUCGAAGUCUGAUUUAGCAAAUGCUGGAAAAAACUUGUAUGCCUGCAGGGCAGGAGAGAAGGCUCCCAGUACUAAAGUUUGGAACAGAAAUGAGUAUACUCCUUUAAGUAACACAACACUUUCAAGAUCUGAUAGUGGAAUUAUUCGAAAGUUUGAGAGCCUUUCCAAUACUUUGAAAACUGUUCAGCAGAAAAAAACCCCUGAUAACCAUAAUUCAUCUCAGCAUAUCAAAACAACAGAAACCAGCCAAACAUUUACAUCUAAAGGACAAUGGCCAGUGAAACCUAACACUGUUUCAAGAAGUCUGCAAGAUUGUAGUCUGACAUACAAAUUUAACCACAAUAUUCAGCAAAAUAAAAUGAAUGAAAAACAAUUUGAUUGUGUUCCAGAAGACAAAAGUCAGGAAUUUUCAUCGUCUCAAUUAAAAUUUAAGGAAAAAAAGAAUUAUUUGCGAAUCAUAUCUGCAGUCAUUGAAAGUAUGAGGCACUGGAGUCAAAAUGCUUAUAAAGCUGCACUGUUAUUUGAAGUUUUAGGCACACUUGAUUCUGCAGUCACACCUGGGGCAUAUGGGGCAAAGAAUUUCCUUUUGAGAGAUGGGAAGGAGAGUCUGCCUUGUGUAUUUUAUGAAAUUGACCGGGAGCUUCCAAGACUAAUUAGAGGUCGAGUGCACAGGUGCAUGGGAAACUAUGAUGCAAAAAGGAACAUUUUCAAGUGCGUCUCUGUAAGACCUGCAACUAUUCAAGAGCAAAACACUUUCCAAGAAUUUGUUAAAAUUGCAGAUGUUGAGAUGACAGCAUAUGUAAAAACAAUGAAUGAAAUUUAA